AGCCCGCCGUCAAUGACACUGACAGCUUCGUAUCCAAUGAACCAAUGAAACUGAACCAAAAAUUUUGGUGCUAAACCUCUUCAAGUCAUCCUUAAGUCACACGCCCCUUGCCCCACCCUUUCUCAGUUCUUCUCCCUCAUGCAUUAGGGUUUUUCAAUUUCUUUUUCCAUAAUUUUCAAGAACCCGUCUCCGCUGGUCUUUUCAGUUUAAUUUAUUUUAAUGUAUUCGUCCAGAGGGACGAAUGCCUACGGGCAACAAUCCUACGGUGGCCAAUCCGGAUACGCCCAAAAUUUAGGGGGUGGUUAUUCUGGUAGUUCUGUUGGAGGACCUGAAGGGGGAGCUCAAAUGUCCUUGUCUUCUCGGCAUUCAUCAAUUCUAGGUAGUUCUCAAGAAGCAGAAGUUGGUGGGUACAGAGCCCUUCCUUCAGUUUCUGUUCAUUAUGGGGGGCAGUAUAGCUCCAUAUAUGGCACAGCUGCUCUGAGUGCUAGUCAGCAGGUUCCUGCAGUAAGUUCCAAAGGGGCUGGAGCUUCAACUUUGGAAUCUCGUAGUACUUAUGCCUCAGCUAUGCCAGAUUCACCUAAAUUUGCAUCCUCUGACUAUGUUUCAUCAUCAAGUCACAGUUAUAGUCACAAAGGUGAUCAAAUGUAUGCAGAAAAGAUUCCUGACUAUCCUACAGUGGAGAGAAGACAAUAUGGAGAACGACAGGGUGGUUAUAUGGGGAGGGAAUUGCCGAGUGAGCCAACUGGAAGAUAUUCUGAUUCUGCUAUUUUUGCUCAUCAGCAUCAGCCUGAGCUAUAUGAUCGUCUUGAUCAAGCUGUCUUGCUUCGACAAGAACAAUUACUCAAAGCUCAACCAGCCUCUCUUGAUAGUAGUUUGAGACAAGCUGAUUAUCUUGCAGCAAGGAGUGCUACUAGUCGUCAUUCCACCCAAGAUCUUAUGCCUUACAGAGGAAGAAUAGAUGCUGAUCCCUGCAGUUUGUCAUUGCUUAGUUCUUCUUCUUCUUAUGGUGGACAGCCUCCAUCGAUAUUAGGGGCGGCACCAAGGAGAAACAUGGAUGAUCUCAUGUAUCCACCUAGUUCUGCAAAUCCUGGUUAUGGAGUGAGCCUACCGCCUGGUAGAGAUUAUGGAACAAAGGGACUUCAUGUUACAUCCCUCGAGUCUGAAUAUCCUGGUAGUAUAUUGUCACGCAGUGGUCAUCCUAGGGUUGAUGAACGCAAGGAUGACAGGGCUGGUUAUCUUAGGGAGUUUGAGCUGAGAGAGGAGGAGCGUCGUCGGGAGCAUUUGCGUGAAAGAGAGAAAGACAAAGAGAGGGAAAGGGAGCGGGAACGAGAACGACUACGAGAACGAGAAAGAGAACGUGAACGUUUGCGCAUCUUGGAGCGACGGGAGAAGGAGAGAGAACGAGAGCGCAAGCGUGCACUUGAAGUUACACGUGAAAGAACUCCACCUAGAGUUUCUAGGGACCAUCGUGGUCCCUCGUUGACAAAAGAGGCAAGACCUAUGAGGCGAGACUCCCCACGUCGUGAAGCUUCCCAUAGGCGUCUUUCACCUGUUAAAGAAAAAAGGAGAGAAUAUGUCUGCAAGGUAUAUUCAUCCACCUUGGUAGAUGUAGAGAGAGAUUAUCUGUCAAUUGAUAAGCGAUAUCCCAGACUUUUUGUAUCUCCCGAAUUUUCUAAGGUUGUUAUAAACUGGCCAAAGGAGAACCUCAAGCUCUCUAUGCAUACUCCUGUCAGCUUUGAGCAUGAUUUCAUUGAAGAAGAUAGUUUAGCUGAACCAAAAGAACCUUCCAGCAAGCUUUUGUCUGUGGGACCUGAAAAGUCUGAACAAGGAAGUACAGUGUGGAAUGCAAAGAUGAUUUUGAUGAGUGGAUUAAGCAGGAGUGCUUGGGAAGAGCUGUCAUCUGAAAAAAUCCCUGAUGACCGCAUACCUCAUAUUUGCAAUAUUCUAAGGUUUGCUGUUCUUAAAAAGGAUCAUUCUUUCAUGGCAAUUGGUGGACCUUGGAUUUCUGCUGAUGGCAGCAAUCCUUCUGAUGACGAUUCCUCUCUAAUUCAAACAGCCCUUAGGUAUGCAAAGGAUGUAGUGAGUCUUGAUUUGCAGAACUGUCAGCAUUGGAAUCGUUUCCUUGAGAUACAUUAUGACAGAGUUGGCAAGGAUGGACUGUUUAGCCAUAAAGAGGUCACCGUAUUGUUUGUUCCAGAUUUAUCUGAAUGCCUUCCUUCAUUUGAUACAUGGCGAACCAAAUGGCUAGCUCAUAGGAAAGUUGUUUCUGAGAGAGAGCACCAGCUUUCUUUGAAAAGAGAGAAAUCGAGGGAGAGGAAAGAAGGAUCAAAAGACAAUGAAGUCGAUUCUACGAAACAAACUGAAAGAGGCAAAUCAGAAAAAAGGAGUCAGUCUGUGUCCUCUAGUCAUGGAGUAUUUGCUAACAAAAGGGAGAAAGAUGGCAACUGUAUUGAAGGAGAUGCAGCUGAAGGAAAGGUUAGUGGGGGUGAAGAUAAAGUUCAGGUAAAAGAUGGCACUGAAAUAACAGUGGGAGGAGGUCCUGAGAAAAAAGAAAGUGGAGAAGCUGCUGCUGCUGCUGCUAAGACAGUUGCUGUGAAGUCAGGGAAGAAAAAGAUUAUAAAGAGGAUUGUCAAACAGAAGGUUGCUAAUAAGACAGCUGCAGAAGUAAAUACGGCUAGCAAACAAAGUGACAAGGUUGAUGAAGAUGUUGGAGAGCACAAUACUAACUCAGAGAUUGCAGUUCGACAGGAAGAAUCUUCUGCUGGUUGUGCUGGGGUUAAAACUUUUGUAAGGAAAAAAAUUACCAAAAAGGAGGCAGUUGGGCAAACUGAUCAGAGUGAAGAUAAUGGUGUUCCCCUUGAGGCAAAAAUGGAGAUAGAAACGGGUUGCUCUGAAGAUAAACCAAAGGAUAAUUCAGAUGCCACUGCUGCAGUCAUAGAAAAUGUUGGUGUGAAAACAACUGUAAAGAAGAAAAUUAUUAAGAGGGUGCCUAAAAGAAAGGUUCCUGCUACACAAGCUAAGGAUGAAUUAGCUGAAAUUAAGAAAGAUGGUGAUGAGGAUGAGAAAAAGGUGAUUCAAGCUGUAAGUGAGACCUCAAAUAUAGGUAAGCAAACAGGUUCAGAGAAACAAGGUAAUGCUGCAAGUUCAAGUAAAUCAGAAAUCAAGGCCGACAAGGAGAAUAAGAAGGAUGAAAAGGUAACUAAUGUGGAGUCUCUGAUUGACAAGCAAAAGGUUAACACCAAGGAUAAUUGUGAUGUCAAGGGGGGAAAAUCAAAAGAGGGGGAAAAGCCAAAAGAUGAGAAAGAGGACAAAGAUAGUAAAGAUGAAUCCCAAAGCAAUUCUAACAAAGAAUCAAAAGAUAUGAGGAAGUCUGAGGAACCUUGUCCGAGGCAUCCUGGAUUGGUUCUACAAACAAAGUGGAGCAAGGAUUCUAAAUUGCGUUCAUUGUCACUUUCACUGGAUUCACUUUUGGAUUAUACUGACAAGGACAUUGAAGAAUCAACAUUUGAGCUUUCAUUAUUUGCUGAGAUGCUGUAUGAAAUGCUUCAGUAUCAAAUGGGUUGCCGUAUUUUAACAUUUCUCCUGAAACUGCGAGUAAGAUUUAUAACAAAAAGAAAUCAGCGUAAGAGGGAACGGGAAGAACUCCGUGAGAAGGAAACUGAGAGAAAGUCACCGACAAAAAGAUUGAAAAGCAAUGAGCUCACUGUGAAAAAUGAAAGUACUAAAUCGGACACAUCAAGUGCAGCUCAGCAGGAGGGUGAAAUGAUUGUGACCAAGGAAGAAACUACUGCUGAUCUUGUUGAGGAGCCAAAGAUAAAAGAUGAAAUAGACGAUGAAGAUUUGGAGGAAGAUCCUGAAGAAUAUGAAGAAAUGGAUGACGCAAGUCCGCAACCCAAUUCCUCUAAUGAGAAAAAUGAAGAAGAGAAGACAAACACAGAUGCUAAGCCUGAAAAGGAGGCUGAGAAUGAUGAAGCAGGGGAGUCCACCAAAAAGGAAAUCACCACAACAGCUUGUAGUUCAGAGUCUGGACCUGUGGGAAAUAUGUCUGGAAAGAGGGAGCUGAAAGUUGAUCCGAAGAAAAAGGUGCAUGCUAUCAAUAAGGAUUUGUUGCAGGCUUUUAGGUUUUUUGACCGGAAUCGAGUUGGCUACAUAAGGGUUGAAGAUAUGAGGUUGAUUAUUCACAACUUGGGGAAGUUUCUCUCUCAUAGGGAUGUCAAAGAACUUGUGCAAAGUGCAUUGUUAGAGAGUAACACCGGAAGGGAUGAUCACAUUCUUUACUAUAAGCUGGUUCGUAUGUCUGACAUAUGAGAGCUUUUUGGGUCGGAUGAUCUGUUUUGCAUCUAAUGACCCAUGAGAGGAGUGAUUGCUAGGAGUUGAACUGAGUCAUGGAUGUUUGAAUAUAGGGUUUUAACUUCUACUAUUGAGUUACUAUGAGCCUUUUUCCCUUGCUGUAUCAAAGAAAUAAAUAAUUGUGCUCUUCGUUUAUACAACAGAUUGCCUGCUCAUGGCAUC